AUGCCACCAAAAGAGCAGCUAGUACCUCCACCUUCUGCCCACGAAGAAGCGGGCGACCCAAGCAAUUAUCAGCCAGGAUCACCAGUAAUAGAAGAAGAUUCGGUAAAGUUAAUUGACCCUUUUGACCCUUCAGACCCGGACUCAUUUCCUCCAGAUCUCCUCUCCCCCGGAAUAGACAUGAUUAGAGUAACUCGGCGCAAGAGAAUACGCCGUGCUUUCAAAUUGACACUUCCAUCCUUGACUUUGACAUGGAACUCGAAAAGUAAAUCAAAGGUAGAAAUGGAUAAGAUUCAAAGCAUCCGUGUAGGAGAAGAUGCAAGAAAUUACAGAGAAGAGUUCAAUGUUUCGAAAGAGUUUAACGCUUUAUGGAUUACCGUAAUAUAUAUAUCAUCAAAUUCAUCCCAUUCCUCGGCGUUGCUAUGCAAUGAUUUGAAGGCGUUGCAUAUGAUUGCAACUACAAAAAGAAAUUACGACAUUAUGUUGAAAACACUCAAGCUGCUUUCUCAAUGGUCAAAAGAACAAGAGAGUUUGGUAAGUUGCGCCGAUGUUAAUGAAUUCUCUAAGAUCAAGUGGGACAACAAAACAAAAAAGCUAGAACGGCAACUUUUAUCAUUUGAGGAUGUCUUGAAAUUAACCUCAGAAUUACAUGUGUAUAUGGACGUGUCAUACCUCCGUCUUUAUUUCGAUCAAUGCGAUACUAAUAAGAAGAAGAGUUUGGAUUUCCCACAGUUUCAGACUUUUGUAUCCAAACUCCGCAGUCGGCCUGAGUUUGGUGCCAUUUUCCAUGGGUUGAACAUUAGAAAUGGAAAAAUGCUGCUAUCUGAUUUUAGGAUAUUUGUUAGAGAAACACAAAAUGAGUCGUCGCUCAGUGACACCUUGAUUAAUGAUAUAUUUGUUAAAUUCUCACACGGCAAAAGUCUUGACUCUUAUAUGAGUACAUCAGAUCUAUCAUACUAUCUAAACAGCCCUUAUGCUACUGCAUUAUUCAAUGAAGAAAGCUUAGAUCCACACUAUUACUCACAUCCACUAACAGAUUACUUUAUCUCUUCAUCUCACAAUACAUACCUAUUAGGAAAACAGUUUCAUGGAUUUUCUUCGAUAGAAGGUUACAUUCAUGCUUUACAACGUGGAUGUAGGUGCAUUGAGAUUGACGUAUGGGAUGGAAUCUCUACAAGCACAAAAGAACAACAUCCUAUUGUUACCCAUGGCCAUACAUUAACUAAUUCAAUUGAAUUCAAAUUGGUGGUAGAUAUUAUACGGAAAUAUGCAUUUAUUACAACUCCUUAUCCAUUGAUUAUAUCUUUAGAGAUCAGAUGUUCUCAAGAAUCUCAGCUGAAGUGUGUUGCCAUAAUGAAAACUAUUUUCGGAGAUAUGCUUGUAUUACAUUCAAAAGUAAACGAGAGUAUCAUGCCUUCGCCUGAAGAGCUAAAGCAUAAGAUCUUAGUUAAGGUUAAAAAGUCCAAAUCAACUACCAUCAUUGAACCUCAAGGGUCCCCACAUAGUCUUCAUUCUUCAUUCUCUACUUCGUCAACUCAAAGUGAUGAUAUAAAUCCCAAUUAUACAGAAAAUAAAUACGACGAGGAAGAAGUUACCCAUCGUGAUAAUUCCAAUAGUCUCAAAAAGAUGGUUUCCAAGCCCACGGCACGAACUCUUAUUGUACCCGAACUGACUGCACUUGCUCCAUAUUUUGUUGGAAUAAAGUUUAGAAAUUUUUCUUUGCCUGAAUCAAAAACUUACAAUCAUGUUUUUUCCUUCAGCGAUCGUACUUUACUACUUUUAUUACGAGACAAAACGAAAUUAGUAUCCAUUUUGAAACAUAACAGACGUGGAAUGAUGAGAGUUUACCCUUCGGUUGUACGAUUUCGAUCAGAUAAUUUCAACCCGAUCACAUUUUGGGAACUUGGCUGUCAGAUGGCCGCUACUAACUGGCAGAUUUGGGAUUGCGGUGAAGAAUUGAGUGAAUCUUUAUUUGCAAGUAUUGGCUCUGAAAUGGCAUCAGGGUUAGGAUACAGUGGAUAUCGAUUGAAACCCAAAAACAUGAGGAAUUUGGAAAUGAAUACAUCAACAUAUGAUAAGGAAAAGCUCAAAGUCCAGACUUUGAGCUCUCUUGUAUUUGACAAAGAGCACUUUUUUGAUGUUUCUAUUCUAUCAGGUCAGCAGUUGCCGAAGCCUAAAGAUUUUGGGAAUACGGGAUCAGAUGGCUAUACACCGUGGGUUGAGGUAGAAGUAUACAAUGUUUUGCCUGUUCAUGCUGAAAUUGUUCACCUCCAUAGAUAUAAUAGAGCUGGUACCUUAGACGAGGAGAAAGAUGAUAUAGAAGAUGAAAAAGACGGUGAAGUGGGGGAGGCUGAAAAUGAAAAGGAAGAGACAAGGAAAGAAGAUGAAUUUAACAUUAGUACUGAUAAGCAACAAGCCAUUGAAAACGCUUCAGAUGGCAAGAUAAACUCUAAGUUAACAAAAGCUGGAAGCGUAAAACUAAGUCAUGUUGAAGCAAUGUCAGCCAACCCCAAUCAUAGCGUUCUUUUCAAAACUAGAUUUGCCGAAAAUCCGGGGAAUGCAUUUAGCCCUAAGUGGAAUGCCUCCUGCAGGCUAAAAUAUCUCACCAAUGAGAAUGAUUUGGCAUUUAUUAGAGUUGCAGUUAAGACUUUGCGUGCAAGUAAGACAAAGUCCGGAGUUAUAGGAAAGGUGAGUACUGUUGUCAAGAACAACAAUAAUGAUUAUACAAUUGGGAGUUGGUGCUGUAAAAUAGGAGAUUUGAAACAAGGAUACAGGCAUAUCCGAUUAGGUGAUAACAAAGGAGAAGAAUUGAUAUAUUCGAGUUUAUUCAUCAAAAUUGAAACAAAGUGA